AUGGUCGUCGUCGCUAUCAUUGCUCCAACGAGCACUAUCGGAAGUCCUCUGGUUCAGGCAAUCCAGAGCACGCAACAUAAAGUGGUCACCGUCUCCCGCUCCCCUCAGCCAGAGCUUUCUGCGAAAGGCAUUCCGACUCAUGUGGCAACAUAUCUUCCAGGCGGGCACGCAACUCUUGUUGCCUUUCUCAAAGCUCAAAAAGUCCACACUAUCAUCAGUGGUAUAUGGUCUUUGACGGGCCACGUGGAAUCGCACCUCGCCGUGUUGGCCGCUGCCAAGGAGGCCGGUGUCCGCCGCUUCGCUCCUUCGGAGUGGUCUGUGCCUGUCUAUCAAACAAUCGGUCUCUAUGCCAUGAAACUGGAAGUGUGGCAAGAGUGCCUCAAGUCUGGCCUUGAGGUCACACGGUUCCAAUGUGGGAUCUGGAUAAACACCCUUGGUUAUGGCGCAACGAAAGAGCCUGAGGAAGCUCUUGCGGGUUAUCAUGGCCCGACUGUCGGGAUUUUUAUGGACAAGGGAGCUGCGACUCUUGUCAAAGAUGGGAACGACGAACUCGUGUUCUCACGGCUGCAAGAUAUCGUGCCCCUCGUCGUCAAGUCACUUGACCUACCCAAGUGGGAGCACGAUAGUUUCAUUGUGGGCGAUAGAACCACUUUCAAAAAUAUCCUCAAUGUCGCUCAACAAGUUACUGGGCGAUCUUUCGAAGUCAAAUAUCUCAGUGAGCAUGACAUCGAUCAAGGUCUUCAAAGCAGUGAUAUCAUCGAAAAACUAUCCAGCCAAUUCUACAAGGCUCUGGCUAAUCGGGAGUUAAGUUUUGGACAAGGCCAAACACUGAACAAAACCUUUCCCAAUGUUGGGAUGAUUACUGUGGAGCAAUUCAUUAAGCGUCACUUUGGAAGAUAG